AUGAGUGGGAACACGGACGUAGAGAAAGGCAAUUUUGCCGUUAAAGCUGGUUUGGCGCAGAUGUUAAAAGGUGGCGUCAUCAUGGACGUCGUCAACGUCGAGCAAGCGAGAAUCGCCGAAGAAGCCGGUGCGGUCGCCGUCAUGGCUUUGGAAAGAGUCCCGGCUGAUAUCCGCAAGGAUGGCGGCGUCGCGCGCAUGAGCGACCCAACGAUGAUUAAAUUGAUUAAAGAAGCGGUGACGAUUCCGGUGAUGGCGAAAGCGAGAAUCGGGCACUUUGUUGAAGCGCAAGUGUUGGAGUCUAUUGGUAUUGAUUACAUCGACGAAAGCGAGGUGUUGACCCCGGCGGAUGAAAUUAACCACAUCAACAAGCACAAGUUCAAAGUGCCGGUGUUGUGCGGUUGCCGUGACUUGGGCGAGGCGUUGAGACGUAUCGCCGAAGGUUGCUCGAUGAUUCGAACGAAGGGUGAAGCGGGUACUGGGAACGUAGUUGAAGCGGUGAGACACUGCAGAGCGGUGAUGGGGGACAUUCGAAGAUUGCAAGCCAUGGAUGAAGACGAAGUGUUCGUGUACGCGAAGGAGAUUCGAGCGCCGUAUGAGUUAGUCGCGCAAACGAAAAAGUUGGGUCGAUUACCGACGGUGAACUUUGCUGCUGGCGGUGUUGCGACUCCGGCCGAUGCGGCGUUGAUGAUGCAACUCGGCAUGGAUGGUGUUUUCGUUGGUUCUGGUAUUUUCAAAUCCGGCGAUCCGGCCAAGAGAGCGCGAGCGAUUGUUCAAGCGGUGACGCACUACAACGACCCGAAAAUCAUCGCCGAAGUCUCGUGCGGUUUGGGCGAAGCCAUGGUUGGCAUCGACUGCAAAGAGAUGCACUUCACCUCCUACGCUGCUCGAUCGGAAUAA